AUGGAUUUGCUCCCAGCCCAGCAAGAAAUCUUUGGUCCGGAGAAGAUCCCAGUCAUUUCACAGCCAGCCCCCAGCCAAUUGGUUGAUCUUGCAAUCGAAAGCCAAAUCUCUCGCAUAACAAAGCGAGCAUUCCUUGGUGGAGAUGAAUCCUUCUUUGUCGCGGACUUGGGAAGAGUUACUCAGCAACAUCGACGAUGGAUGAAAAGUCUCCCCGGAGUGCAACCAUAUUACGCGGUAAAAUGCAACUCCGAUCCAACUCUACUAAAGCUCCUCGCGAAUCUUGGCACCGGCUUUGACUGCGCUUCCAUAGAGGGGAUGCGCGCCGUUCUAAACCUGGGUGUAGAUCCAGCCCGAAUCAUUUUCGCCAACCCGUGCAAAUCACCAGCAUCCUUGAUAUUCGCACGCAAAGCAGGCAUAUUUUGUACGACAUUUGACAAUAUCGACGAGCUAGAUACUAUCAAGAAACACAUGCCCGAGUCGCAGCUUAUUCUUCGCAUUUACGCAAACGAUGACAGUGCUUUGAUCUCGCUCGGCGAGAAAUUUGGUGCUCAAUUGGAUACCACGGCCACACUGUUAUCUCGAGCGUGGGAGCUAGGACUGGAAGUUAUUGGGGUGAGCUUUCAUGUUGGAACUGGAGCGAAAAACCUGGAUGCCUUUGGCAGGGCAAUUGAAGAUGCUAGAGUUGCCUUCUCGCAAGCCGAGAGACUUGGGUUCAAACCUACGAUCUUGGACAUUGGUGGUGGGUUCCAAGAUGAUUGUUUCGAAGAUGUAGCAUCAAUGAUCCGACAAUCGAUCCGUGCCGAGUUUCCAAAGGGGGUAACGACUAUUGCAGAACCAGGGAGAUACUAUGCAUGCCAAGCAUAUACGCUCAUCACUCGAGUCCUUUCUCGUCGAAGACAACUCGGCAGUGCGGCUGCUUCUGGUGUCCCAGACAUGCUGUAUCAGAGUGACGGAGUAUAUGGAAACUUUCUGAAUGUGAUCAUGGAGAAGGAGAUAAUGGUACCCCGCUUGAUUGGAGGCAAGAGUGUCGACUGCGUUGCAAAAGACGCGCUAUUUGACUCUGAGGUCAAAGUAGGGGACUGGCUAAGAUAUGACAAUAUGGGUGCAUACACCACUACAACGUCUACACGAUUUAAUGGCUUCGAUAGCUCCCACGACACGUUCUACGUGAAUAGUGAGACACUAUCAGGUUACUAG